AUGGCUGUUCGAAGUCUUAAUCUGCCAACCUUUCCAGAGUUUUCCACAGAAGAUGUGUCUACACUCAGUUCGCGCUGGAAGAAGUAUAAACAAAGAUUUGAACUUUUGUGUCACGCUAUUGGUGUCACAGAUGAGUCUCAAAAACUAGCUAUGUUGUUGACCUACGUUGGAGAUAGCACGUAUGAAAUAUAUGAAAAUGUUAAGCCUGAACGCGAAGAAGAUGUAACAUAUCCAAAUGUCGUCGCGGCGUUAGAAAAACACUUCGAACCACAAGUAAAUAAAAGUUACGAAACAUAUUUAUUUCGCAAUAUGAUACAGCAGGAAGAUGAAACGAUACAUCAGUAUUUUAUACGAUUAAAAGAACAAGCAGUAAAAUGUGACUUUCACGAUAAAAAUUUUGAAAUCAAAAGACAGAUUGAACUUUCUACUACUAACAACAAGUUACGUUUAUAUAGCUUCAGAAAUCCUGAUAAAACCUUGGAAGAAAUACUGGUGACAGGAAAGACUUUAGAAAGCACCAUACAGCAAGCAGAAGUUCUUCAAAAAGCCCAGGCGAACGAUACAGAGCGAAUCAACGAAUUGCGGUCGGUUUACACCGACCGCCGAGGUAAGCCACAUUCUUUAAACCAACGAGGAAUGAGUAAAAGAGGCCGACCUCAAAAUGCCAAAUUUUAUCGUUGUGAUGGACCAUUUCCCCAUCAAAACAGAUGCCCUGCUGAAAACCAAAUUUGUAACGCAUGUGGAAACCAGGGCCACUUUUCAAAAUGUUGUAGAACCAAAACAUAUCGACAUCAAAACACCCGAGCACGUCUGGGGAGGGGAUCCUUUUACCAAUCAAGACAGCCCUUGAAUAACGUUACUCAUUCGCCGUUAAACGAUUUUUCUGCUAUGCAAAAUACCCUUGAAGCUGAAAGUGAUGAUGAAAUCACAGAAAACACAAGUAACAGUAACCACAGUUAUAAGAAUAGUAAGCAAAAUUCUGAUUUCCAUACUGUUGUUAAAUUAGAAGGAGGAAAAGUCAAUUUUCUAGUCGAUACAGGAGCUAGCAUUAACAUUCUCACAUUGCGUACUUUCAAUCAGUUAAACGAACGCCUUCCAAAAAAAUUAAAUCUACUCAAAACAAAAACAAGCGUCGUAACGUACGGAAGUGACACUUCAAAUUUGACAGUUUUAGGACGCGUUAACCUCUUAGUAGAAACCACCUCUAAAAUGAUUAACGCGCCAUUUUUCGUGAUCGACACUUCCCAUGAAAACCUAUUAUCAGGCCGAACAGCAGUUGAUCUUGACGUCAUUUAG